UCAGCAAUUAAAAAAAAAAACAUAAUGUACAGAAAUAAUACAACAAUCAGCUCCUCUAAAAUUGUUAAAUAAUAGCAACAAUUUAUAAUGUAGGAACACUUUUUAGGUUACUUGUACUCGUUUUCUACUCGGACGUUUUAUACAUGUACACACAUCUGACAGCUGAAUUGUGAAGACGUGUACUUUCCGCACCGAUUUUAGCCUCCUACAAAAAGUCACUUUGCGUUAUUAUUAUCUAUAAUAUCAUCUAUAUUUCGUUGGCAUUGUUUAGCGGUACUGGUUCCCCGUCAUGGCGACAGUAGAGGAGCUGAAGCUGCGGGUGAGAGAGUUGGAGAAUGAAUUGAUAAAGUGUAAGCAGAAGCAGUGCGCCGUGGAGGAUGCUCACAGCCAGCAGCUGCACAGACCCAAGAUUGACAAGAUGAGCAGCGAAGUGGUGGAUUCAAACCCAUACAGUCGUCUCAUGGCUUUAAAGAGAAUGGGCAUCGUGGAUGAUUAUGAGAAAAUCCGGACUUUCACAGUCGCUGUGGUUGGUGUUGGGGGAGUUGGCAGUGUGACAGCUGAAAUGCUCACUAGAUGUGGCAUUGGUAAGCUGCUCCUCUUUGACUAUGACAAAGUAGAGCUGGCCAAUAUGAACCGACUGUUCUUCCAGCCUCACCAGGCCGGCCUCAGUAAAGUGGAAGCCGCAGAACACACACUCAGGAACAUCAACCCAGAUGUGUCAUUCGAGACCCACAACUACAAUAUCACCACGAUGCAAAAUUUUACACAUUUUAUGGAGCGAAUCAGUUAUGGAGGGCUUGAAGAAGGGAAGCCGGUGGAUUUGAUCCUGAGCUGUGUGGACAACUAUGAGGCCCGAAUGGCCAUCAAUACAGCCUGUAACGAACUAGGUCAGAUCUGGAUGGAGUCUGGUGUCAGCGAGAAUGCUGUAUCGGGACACAUCCAGCUCAUCAUUCCCGGAGAGAUGGCGUGCUUCGCUUGUGCUCCUCCUCUGGUGGUAGCAGCUAACAUCGAUGAAAAGACCCUAAAAAGGGAGGGCGUGUGUGCUGCCAGCUUACCAACAACGAUGGGCGUGGUCGCAGGCCUCCUGGUGCAAAAUGUCCUCAAGUAUCUGUUGAAGUUCGGCACCGUCAGUUAUUAUCUUGGCUACAACGCCAUGCAGGACUUCUUCCCCACCAUGGCCAUGAAACCAAACCCCCAGUGUAAUGACAGCUACUGCAGGAAACAACAGGAAGAGUAUAAGAAAAAAGAAGCAGAGCGGCCAAAGGUUGAAGUUGUACAGGAAGAGGAGGAAGAGGUCGUACACGAGGACAAUGAGUGGGGUAUUGAACUAGUAUCAGAGGUGUCUGACGCAGAGUUACAGGCUGCAUCGGGCACUGUGCCUGACCUCCCAGAAGGCAUUACUGUGGCGUACACCAUUCCAGCGGAGGAUACAACAGGUGAGGAGACGGUGGGAGAGUCUGAACAGAGCCUAGAGGACCUGAUGGCUCAGAUGAGAAAGUUGUAGGCAACAAUCUGAAGAUGCUAUUCAGAUGAGACAUGCCUUUUUCUCAGACGUCUAUUUCAUUGCUUUCUUUGAUAACAAGCAUUAUCAUGAAAAAAGCCAAUUCAUGUCAAAUAAACAAUUACAGAAUGAAUUCUUCUAACAGCUAAAGAAGAGAAAUGCAUGAAAACUGCUGCUGAUGACAUUUCACACAACACACAUUAAAUCAUGCAAAAGCAGUCAGAUGUGUAAUUUGCUGACAUACCGGGAAGGUGUUUAGCACUUCGAGUUGGUACAGUCUCUAAUGGAAUGUCUUUAAACCUAGGAUAAUAUCACUGUUAGUGCAUUAACAUGUAUCACAAUGUGUAUUUUCUACGGUUUUUGAUUAGUGAAUGAGCUAAUGUCCCUACCUUUUCAUGUAUGUGUCAUUCACUCAGCUUUAAAGAAAACAUCUGUUGCAACAGAUUUAAACAUUUAAACAUGUUUAAGUUGUCUCAAUAAAGUAUUUAUUAGAUGGAA